AUGGAGUAUCCCUUUAAUUUCUUCUUACCUCUGUCCUCAGAUGUUCUAGAGGGUGAGUACAUGGGUCACCCCGUGGCCAUCAAGAAUAUUAAGUGUGAUGUCACCGCACAGAAUUUCUUGGCUGAAACAACAACAAUGACGUAAGUGUGCAGUACAUCACCCCCAGAACAUGCAGAUUUAAUAUCAAGCUUAUGAUUUACGGAUGAUGACUUAUUUAGAAUUUGUCAGUUCUACAAUGAAAUGACAAAAGCAAUGUUUACUGUUCCUGAACACACAAUUUUUGUGACCAUAAAAUUUGAUAAGAAAUAAUACAAUAUGUUUUAGAAAACUUCAAACAAAUAUAUAGAUAGUCAAAAGCUCUAUAAUUUUGUUAUGUCACUGUUAAUCUGUCACUAACGGAUUUAAAGAACACUCCAAGCACCAUAACCACAACAGCACUAUUAGCUUUAUGACUGAGAACGAUCAGCUGAUGCUUUCAGGCUACGAGCUGGCCUUGCACUACAGGGUUUAGCUUAGGAGAACUAACAGAAGCUUCAAGCAAGAGAGAAGUAAGGAGCAGACCCUGACAGACCCCAAAUAAAAAGUCAAACCAUGCCAUGCGUAUUGUAAUGGUUAUGACUUUUGGAGUGUCCUUUUAAAUACGUUUUGAAUAUUCUAGCUGUUGGAUUACAAUGAUUAUAUCUGUUUCUGUCUGUCCAGGAAACUACAGCACAAAAAUCUGGUCAAUUUGAUGGGAGUUAUCUUACACAACGGACUGUAUUUAGUAAUGGAACUAAUGAGCAAGGUAUGUUGCAAGAAUAGAGCAAGACAUGGUUGCUUGAUUGGGCACAAAACUGUAACAACUGUUGGUUCAUUUUCUCUUUUACAGGGAAAUCUGGUGAACUACCUGCGGUCCCGCGGACGGAGUAUGGUCUCGCCCCAGCAACUUCUCCGCUUCUCACUGUGA